AUUAAUGCAAACGAAAGUAGCGUGACUAUUCUCUUGAUUCAUGCUCCAGCACCUGGUGAAGCCGGAAUUGGACAGAGUUGGUGCAUAGUUGCCGAAGCCGAGAGAGAUGGGGAACAAAGAAAAAGCUAAGGAGCGAAGAGAAAAGCGAUUGCAAGAAAUACGCCUUCUCAUGACCAUUCCCUAUUCUCAUCACCAGAGGUGGUGGUCUAAGGAAACUGUUGCUGUGGUUACUGGUGGAAAUAGAGGAAUUGGAUUUGAGAUUUGUAGACAACUUGCUGCUCAUGGAUUGACUGUUAUACUGACAUCAAGAGACGCCAGUGUUGGUGUUGAAUCAGUUAAGGCUUUGCAAGAAGGCGGUCUCAAUGUGGUUUAUCAUCAACUUGACAUUGUAAACGAUUCAUCUAUCAACCAGUUUGUUGAGUGGCUGCAGGAAAAUUAUGGUGGCUUGGAUAUUCUGGUAAACAAUGCUGGUGUUAAUUUUAAUCUUGGGUCUGAUAACUCAGUCGAAAAUGCUCGUAAGGUUAUUGAAACAAAUUAUUAUGGCAUCAAGAGCAUGACUGAUGCCAUUAUUCCAUUGAUGAAGCCAUCCCGUGUUGGUGCUCGUAUUGUAAAUGUAAGCUCACGUCUUGGUCGACUAAAUGGAAGACGGAAUAGAAUCAGCAAUGUAGCCUUGAGGGAGAAACUGAGUGAUGUAGAAUCCCUUUCAGAAGAGCUUAUUGACAAGACUCUAUCUACAUUUCUACAACAAGUUGAGGAUGGAACUUGGACUACAGGUGGGUGGCCUCAAGUAUAUAGUGACUACUCAGUGUCCAAACUUGCAGUUAAUGCUUAUACAAGGCUUAUGGCAAGGAAGCUUUCUGAGAGACCAGAGGAUCAGAAGAUUUAUAUUAACUGCUAUUGUCCAGGUUGGGUGAAGACAGCUCUUACAGGUUAUGCAGGGAAUAAUACUGUUGAGGAAGGGGCUGAUACUGGAGUCUGGCUUGCCCUUCUCUCUGACCAAACAUUCAUAGGAAAGUUUUUUGCUGAGAGAAGGGAAAUUAACUUUUAAGCUUAUGCCUGUAGGGAGCACAACAAUUUAAUUCCUACCAACUUUUGAAAAUUUUCAAACUAAAGUAUGGAAAUUUGUCUGUUGGCACUGGUUUGCAAGCAGGUUUAGGUCUUCUUCUGUACCAUGUAAUUUUCAUUGAUAAGCUAAUUCUUUUGGAUAUUUUAUGCUGAAUUAGAAGGCGCACACACAUUAUAACCAUCUAUGUAUAGUUGUAUGAUUCAGAUUUUUAGUUCUUUGUAUCUAACAGUAAACAAGAGCUCUUAUUGGCAAGCGUACACACAUACCUUAACUAUUUAUGUA